UGUAUUUAUGUGUGCGCGCAAGAUGAUUGGGUGCGUAUUCUGUCAGGUAAAUUUAAGUGUCAGCAGAAGUCGAAGAGACUGAAGUUGUCGGAAAGUGGCAAAUAACCCUCGAAAACACAACCAUCAAUCCUUCCCUUCCACCCCUUUUCUUAAUCAAGCAUAAUUAAGAAUGGCUCAGAGACUUACUUAUCGUCGUCGUUGUUCUUACAACACUCGUUCCAACCGUGUUAAGGCCGUAAAGACUCCCGGUGGUAAGCUUGUCUUCCAAUACCAAAAGAAGCCUGUCAAGGCUCCCCGUUGUGGUGACUGUGGUGAGAAUCUCGCUGGUAUCAAGGCUCUUCGUCCUCGUGAAUUCGCUACCAUCUCCAAGACCAAGAAGACUGUCAGCCGUGCCUAUGGUGGCUCCCGCUGUGCUCACUGCGUCAGAAACCGCAUUGUUCGUGCUUUCUUGAUUGAAGAACAAAAGAUUGUCAAGAAGGUCCUCAAG